AUGAGGAAUUGCCUGAAUGACAUUUUGAACCGAAAUUGCCUGCUAACACUAGCACAGAUAAAUCAAGAAUUGAGAAAGCUUCUUCCAAGAAAACCAACAAUCCAUGACCGUGCAGUAGCAAGAACACUUGAAGGUGCAAUUGUUCAUCCGUUGAUGCUAUUGAAUGUUAAUACAUUUGCAAAUAGCGUUGUUGAAAGUUCGUUCGCGUUAAUGAAGUUCAUGGAAGUGCUAAUGAAUGAUCUACCUUCACGAGUUCGAUUGACUGCCAACUUCCUUAACAAGCCGCUCUCGGAGGAUAUCAUUAAUCGUAUUGCUGAACAGUGCAGUUUCAAUGGGAUGACAAAAGAUUUAUCGAGGUACACGGUGCGCUUCAAUGAAGGCCAAACCUCGAUUCUUCGGAAGGGCGUGGUCGGAGACUGGAAGAAUUAUUUUACUCCAGAGUUGAAUGAGAGAUUUGAGAAGGAGGUGUUGUCAACAAUAGAAGGAACUGGAUUGGAGUUUGAUUUUGAGUUAUAA